AAGGUUUCCCACAUAUUUGCAAUGCACGUUUUAAAUUAUGAUGAUAAUACCGCGUUUCUCGGAGACUGGGGGAACUUUCAAAAGACUGUGUUCUUUCUUUUGUGCUCCAGCGUUAUCCCGAAUGGGUUUACUGGUUUAUCUAUUGUUUUCAUCGGCGAUACACCGGCUCAUCACUGCCGCAUUCCUGCAAGUGUAAACAUCACUGUUGAAUGGAGAAACGUUUCUAUUCCCGUUGAAGUGGACUACGGACAUACGCGAUUCAGUAAAUGCUCACGAUAUAAACUAGAUGUGAUCAAAGGGUUUUCAGACAAAGGGUUGAUCCCCUGGGUUGACGUGAAUGUAUCUGCAUUAGAACAAGAGAGCUGUAAGGAUGGGUGGGAGUAUGACCGGGAAACGUAUGUGUCGACAAUCGUAACUGAGUGGGAUCUGGUGUGUUCAGAUGACUGGAAAACUCCAUUGACCUCAUCACUUUUCUUCUGUGGUGUACUUAUUGGAUCUUUCAUCUCUGGACAAUUGUCUGACAGGUUUGGAAGGAAAAUCGUGCUGUUUCUAACUAUGGGAGUUCAGACAAUAUUCACCCUCAUUCAAGUCUUCUCUCCAUCUUGGGUCAUAUUCUGUUCCCUAUUCUUUAUUGUUGGGAUGGGACAAAUUUCAAACUAUGUAGCUGCAUUUGUUUUAGGGAUGGAGAUUCUAAGCCUGCCCAUACGCAUCAUCUACUCCACCGUUGGGGUGUGCACUUUCUUCUCCGUUGGCUACAUGCUGUUGCCAUUUGUGGCCUACUUCCUCAGAGAUUGGAGAAUGCUCCUCCUGGCACUCACUCUACCUGGCUUCCUCUACAUCCCACUGUGGUGGUUUGUUCCAGAAUCUCCAAGAUGGUUGCUGUCUCAGGGUCGAGUAGGUGAGGCUGAAGCCAUACUACAAGAUGCUGCCAGGAAGAAUGGGGUCAAAGCACCCCAAGUCAUUUUCCCCCUGCCGCAGUCUGGAGAAAAGGCUGUAAGGGUGAAGUUCUACAACCUCUGUGAUCUUGUGAGAUCCAGCAACAUCCGGGCCAUUACCAUCCUACUGUGCCUGGUCUGGACAACCCUCUCUAUAGGAUACCUUGCCCUGUCUCUAAACACGUCCAACCUGCAUGGGAACUCCUACUUGAAUUGCUUCCUCUCAGCAGCUGUGGAAGUGCCUGCCUAUACCAUUUCAUGGCUCAUGUUUCGCUUCUGGCCCAGACGGUUGUGUCUCUUCUCCACCCUUUCUCUGGGUGGAGCAGUGCUGCUCUUCGUACACCUUAUACCCCAACACCUGAACUAUGCGGCCAUUUUGCUGGAGAUGCUGGGUAAGUUUGGUGUCACUAUUGCCUUCGCAAUCAUAUAUGCUUUCACUGCUGAGCUGUACCCCACUGUCUUGAGGAACACGGCUAUGGGAGCCUGCUCCAUGGCCUCACGAAUUGGCAGCAUAUCUGCCCCUUACUUCGUAUACUUGGGAAGCUAUUACAGAGCUCUGCCAUACAUUUUAAUGGGCAGCUUAAGUGUUCUCUCUGGGUUGCUUAGUCUCCUGCUUCCAGAGAGCAUUGGUAUGCCUCUUCCUGAGACCAUAAGUCACAUGCAGAAAGUUACUGGGUGUAAAAAGAAACAACCGUCUUACAACCUCGCUAGUUCCAAAGGUGACGAAGAAUGUGUAUCUGUGUAACUAGAACACUGCUUAUUAACAAAUCUUGAGUAGAACAUAUAGUUUUGAAUCCCUUUCACAAAUGAAAGCUUUGCAAUAUUA